AUGCAUCUGACUUUAGAAACUGAAUUAGGAGUUAAUAACUUCAUCAUCAACGAUUUUCCAAAAGAUGAAUAUGCUGAUUUCCUUAGUCAAAAAUCAUUAUCAGAACAUGGCUUUCCAGUUCCAGAAUUAAAAAGAAAACAUGAGGAUGCAAUGCCACCACCUAAUUCUAAAGAUUAACAACUUAGUUUUAUGAUGAGUCCAAUAAUGUCACCUAGUUAUGAAGGAUGUAAAACAAAUGAAAUAUUAAUUGUUAAACCUACACCUCAUGUAGGUACAUAGACAUCGUUUUAAACUAAUUAUUCAAAAUUACGAAAUUCAUAAUCAACUGUUGGAGAAGACAUGAUGAGAUAUUUUUAAAUUAGAAGAUUUUUUAAUAGGUUUAUGCGUUCUAUGCAUCUUUUCAGUAGAUUAUAAAAGCAUCAUUUAGAUGUUUUGAAUGACUCUGCUUCUAGUUAUGAUCCAAAAAUAUUUGGUCAAAGAUAGUUUAAUUUUAGACCUUUGGGAAUGAUUAAAAAUCUAAAUCUACCAAAGGUACCCUCUUUUAGUUAGAAAAUAGAAAAAAUAUUAAAUAGAAUUGGUUAAACAAUUAAAUAGAAAAUUGAAUAUUGGGAUUAAAAUAUCAGAAUAUUUUAGCCUGAAGAGAGAAAAAAGAUUUUAUGGGAUAGUUGUUUAUCAAUAUCUAGAUUAUACUUUAUAAUAUUAAUUCCAAUGGAUAUAACAUUUGAACAAGAAUUUUUAUACUCACAUUAAUUAUUUAUACUUACAGUUAUUAUGACAAUUCUAUUGAUGCUGGAUAUUCUUCUAAAUUUCAAUACUGCCUAUUAUUAAUUUGGACUUAUUGUAAAUGAAAGAUCUAAAAUAUUUAAUCAUGUAAUAAGUAAAGCAUAUGGUUGUGAUGCAAUAUCAGUAAUAUACUUAUUUGUAUUAAUGUUUUUAAAUUGGGAUGAUUAUAGAGAAGAAAAAUAAUAUAUAUUAAUUGGUUUAUUGACAUUUGUUGGUUAAUAUUAAAAUAUUACUAAAUUAAUUAGAUUAAGUGAAGAAGUAUUAAAUUUGACAAAAGUUACUGCAUCAAUUUUAGAAUUAGUAAAAUUGAUAAUAUUUUUAAUUUUUAUAUUACAUGUUGCAACUUGUAUUUGGUAUGGAGUAUGAUAUUAAAUAUAUUAUUAGGUAGGCAAUUAUGGAUUCAAAUAUCUAGGAUCUAGUUGGAUAGAUAAAUAUCAUUUAGAAGAUAAUAAUUGGGCUGAAAGAUAUUUAAGAUCUUUUUACUUUUGUACUGUUACUAUGUUUACAGUUGGAUAUGGUGAUUUAACACCUUAAUGUAAUAAUAUCAUUAUAUUUAAGCCAAUCUAGAAUAUACUAUUUGCAUUAUCUUUAUAAUGAUAUUUAGUAUUCAAUUGCCUUAUAGUGUUAAUACUGUUGGAGCUAUUAUUGAUGAAAUAUCUAAAUAUAGUGAAUAGAAACUCUAGAAAUUAAGAAUUAUUAAUACAUAUAUGACUAAAAAAAAGAUUAGUUUUUAAUUACAAUUUUAAAUUAGAGAAUAUUUAAAUUAUUAUUGGGAAAUGGAAAAUACUCAAUAAUCAAAUGAGGAAUAAGUUAUUAUAGAAUAAUUAUCAGAAUAAUUAAGGGAAGAAUUAAUGGUAGAAGCUAAUUCAGUUGUACUCAAUAAUUGUUCUCUUUUUAAAAAAAACUUUUCGUAUGAAUUCAAGAAAGCUCUUGUUAAAAAAAUUAGAACUGUUUCAAUCCAACCAGAAAAUAUUAUUGAUUAUUCUACAGAACCUGAUGCUUAUUAAAAUAAUUAUCUUACAUUUAUUGAAUCAGGAGAAGUUGAAGUUCAAUUAUCUGAUCAAAUUUUCUAACCUGGAACUACAUUUCAUAAAUUGACUCCUGGUUGUAUUUUUGGAUUAUAUGAAUUUAUAACUGGAUAAGAGUAAAAAGAGGUAUAUAAAAGUGUUGGAUUUACUAAAUUACUUAUAUUACCUAGAUCUGCUUUUUUAAGAAUUCUAAAAGAAUUUUAAGAAGAUAGAGAAAAGUUUUGUUAAAUUAGAGAUGAUUUAUUAUAUAAUUUCUCAAAACAAUCUCUUAAAAAUUUAGAUAUUUCUUGUUAUGUUUGUUAAUCAAGAGAACAUCGUUCAAAAGAUUGUCCAUUACUUCAUUUUUGUCCAGAUAAAGAAAGAAUUAUCAAAUCUUAUAACUUUGUUAAAGAAUAAAUUAGAGAGAGGUCAAUUAGAAAACAUAUCAAUAAAUAUGAAAAUCGCUUUAUAUAUAAUAAUGCUUUAUUAGAUUUCAAAGUAGUUAAAGAGACAGCUGAAUAUAUUUAAGAUGAUUUUUGGUAAGAAACUCAAAUUUAUGAUUUGGAUUUAGAAAAUGGAUAAACGAGUCCAAGCAAUAAUAAUAAUGGUGCUUUAGGAUCUCCAUAACAUUCAUCAAGUUCCGAUGAUGAAAAAGAUGAAGUUGUUUAAGAAUUAUCUAGACCAUCACUUAAUUCUUCAUAAAAAUUUCCAAGAUAAACUAGAACUACAAGAUUAUUAGAAAUUAAUCAAAUGAAAAAAUUAUAAGCUAGAAAAUCUAGUAUUUCCCCUAUGAUUCCAAGAACUUCUUCAUAUUUAAUUGAAACUUAAUAAUAACCUAAAUUAUCUAUUUUUCAUUAAUAAAAUUCACUUCACAUAAAUAAUUAAAAUUCUGAUGAAAAAGUACAAUCUUAAGAUUCAGAAUUAAAAAAUGAAACUUCAAUUUAAUUAUCUAAUUAAUAAUCUGAUUCUAUCAAACCAGCUAUCAGUCCAAUGAGAUAAAAUUUUAUGAAAUCAGCAUUAAAAAAAGUGAAUGACAAUAAUUAAAAUAAUUAAAGUACUACUAAUUAAGAAGAAGAUAAGGCCAAGAAAGUAAAAGUAAAAUUUCAAUAAGCUUUUACUUUUAUAAAAAGAUUAAAAUAAUUGAAAGUUUCAAAAGAAAUUGAAAAACCAAGAAUGCAACCAAAAUAAUAGACAAUGGUAGUUUAAAAAUAGAAUUUAAAUUUAAUUUAAUAAAGAAUACAAAGAAAAAGUCAUACAUUAACUUUACAAGAUUAAAAUAAAUUAGACUUAUUAGUAUUGGAACUUAAUAAUUAAUUAAAUAAUAAGUUUUAAGAAGUAGAGAAUUUCGAAAAUAAGAAAGAUUUUAAAUUCUAUUAACCUCAUAAUAAUUUAGCAAAUUUAUAAAUAUCAACUAAAUAUCAUCCUAAAUUCUUGAGCAAUAUGAAUCUUUAUAUAAAAUAUUUUUUAUAUCCAGCAGAAUUUAUCAAAAGAUACAAAAAAAAAGAUCCAACAAUAUUAGAAGUUAAACCUGUUUCUUUUGCAACUUAAAUAAAUGCAUAUAAAGAUGUAUUAAAAUUUAGAAAACAAGCUAGAAAAAUUAUAAACAAAAAAUAAGUAGCACCAGAAUAAUGA